GAUGCCGAACUUCACCGAGACGUCGCGGAUGCUGCAGAAGGAGCUGGUGAACGACUACAGCUACCAGGUGGACGGCAUCCACGGCGUGGACAGCCAGUAUGAGUUCCACCACGUGACCUCGCAGCCGCCGCCGAGCUCCUACAUGCAGCGCACGGGCAUGGGCAUGGCCAGAGGGCAGGUGGGCACCGCCGCGGGCCGCACCGCCGUGCCGCAGAGCCGGGGAGGCUUCGGCGGCCGAGGCGGCACCGAGACCGCGCGGCCCAUGACCUCGAACCGGGCAGCGGGCUACACGGCGGCCAACAAGGGCGGCAAGGUGUUCGACCCGAUGGGCCAGGGCGACAAAGGUCCGGCCAAGCCGCUGGAGAAGAAGGCCGAGCUCUCCAACGAGGAGCGCCUGCGGGAGAUGGAAAAGCAGAUCCACCGGCUCGUUGAGGAGAGCGCCAUCACCCGCGAGCAGGGCAAUUGUCGUGAGGCGCUGGAGAAGGGCAAGGAAGCCGGCAAGGAGGAGCGCAAGCUGUGCAGGCUGCGGGAGCAGUACAACCUCCUCGACCAGCUGAACGUGGACCUGACCUACGCCGUCUGCCUCAACCUUGCCAUUCAGCACCAGGCCAACGACAACGACAACGAGGCCCUGGACAUCUACACCCAGAUCGUGAAGAACAAGCAGUACCCCUUCAGCGGCCGCUUCCGCGUCAACAUGGGGAACAUCUACUUCAAGCAGGAGAAGUGGACCGCGGCGAUCAAGAUGUACCGCAUGGCCCUUGACCAGAUCCCGAACAAUGUUCAGGCCAUCCGGUUCAAGAUCAUGCGCAACAUCGGGCACGCCUUCUUCAAGAUGCACCAGUUCCCCGACGCGAUCGACUCGUACGAGAACCUGGUGAGGCACGGGUCCCAGCACCUGGACUUCAAGACGGGCUUCAACCUGACGCUCUGCUACUACGCCCUGAUGCCGCCAGCGGGCGAGAAAGACCGCGAGCGGGAGAGGGAGAAGCAGUCGGAGAAGAUGAAGAGCGGCUUCCUGAAGCUGCUCAACAUCGAGCAGGUCGGCUUGGAGGACAUGGACAUGGAUGAGGAGGAACUGGAGUUCAGCGCGAAGUCUCCCGGGGCGUUGGACAGGAGCCAGCUCGUGGAGGGCGACGACGCGCUGCGCGAGGACGUCAAGGGCCGCCAGCGGCAGGCCGCUCGCUUCAUCGUGAACGCGGCCAACCUGAUCGCCCCGACCAUCGAGGCAACGCCCGUGGCCGGGUACGACUGGGUGAUCGAGCAGCUGAACCACCACGGCUUCCCACGGAUAGGUUCCGAGCUCGAGAUCGCGAAGGCCAACCACUUCCUCCGCCGCAAGCAGUUCGACGCGGCGGUCGCAGUGCUGAAGAAGUUUGAGCGCAAGGAGCCCUCCCUGAUGGCCUGCGCCGCCACGAACCUGUCCUUCCUUUACUUCCUGGAGGCCGAGCACGGCAGCGCGGAGAAAUACGCCGACAUGGCCGUGAAGGCCGACCGCUAUAACGCGCGCGCGCUCGUGAACAAAGGCAACUGCAUGUUCUACAACGAGGAGUUCGAGCGAGCGAAGGAGAUCUACCUGGAGGCCAUCGGUGUCAGCGCGGACUGCCUCGAGGCCAUCUACAAUCUCGGCCUCGUCAACAUGCACGUCGGCAGAUACCAGGAGGCGCUGCUGGCGUUCGACAAGCUGCACUCCAUCCCCGGGGGGGCCGCGGGCCCCGGCGGGGAGGUCAUGUGGCAGCUCGGCGACAUCCACGAGAAGCUGGGCAACACCGGGAGCCAGCUCGUGGAGGGCGACGACGCGCUGCGCGAGGACGUCAAGGGCCGCCAGCGGCAGGCCGCUCGCUUCAUCGUGAACGCGGCCAACCUGAUCGCCCCGACCAUCGAGGCAACGCCCGUGGCCGGGUACGACUGGGUGAUCGAGCAGCUGAACCACCACGGCUUCCCACGGAUAGGUUCCGAGCUCGAGAUCGCGAAGGCCAACCACUUCCUCCGCCGCAAGCAGUUCGACGCGGCGGUCGCAGUGCUGAAGAAGUUUGAGCGCAAGGAGCCCUCCCUGAUGGCCUGCGCCGCCACGAACCUGUCCUUCCUUUACUUCCUGGAGGCCGAGCACGGCAGCGCGGAGAAAUACGCCGACAUGGCCGUGAAGGCCGACCGCUAUAACGCGCGCGCGCUCGUGAACAAAGGCAACUGCAUGUUCUACAACGAGGAGUUCGAGCGAGCGAAGGAGAUCUACCUGGAGGCCAUCGGUGUCAGCGCGGACUGCCUCGAGGCCAUCUACAAUCUCGGCCUCGUCAACAUGCACGUCGGCAGAUACCAGGAGGCGCUGCUGGCGUUCGACAAGCUGCACUCCAUCCCCGGGGGGGCCGCGGGCCCCGGCGGGGAGGUCAUGUGGCAGCUCGGCGACAUCCACGAGAAGCUGGGCAACACCGGGAGCCUCGGAGAAGGGGGGUCGGCUCUGCAGGGCAGGCCCACGGACCCGGGCGUGCUCGCGCGGCUGGCCAACCUCUUCAACAAGGCCGGCGACGAGACCCAGGCGUUCCACUACCACCUCGAGUCCUACAGGUUCUGGCCAGUAGACAUGAACGUGAUCACGUGGCUCGGCAUCUACUACGUGAAACAGGACAUGUACGAGAACCACCUCCGCCCCCAGCUCUAA